CAGCACUAUGUGCUGCUGCUACUGUAUUAGUGUACUUCUGAAGCUCUGAACCCACCCAAGUUGGCUUGAUAAAAAGCCCAGUCGUUGCAACUCGCCGCUCCAUCCAUCCUGCUGCUCGUUAAUUAGAGGGGUAGAAACAGAGAGCCGCAGGUGUGUGCUGAUCAGCUCGAGGCUCUGUACACCAUCUACAGAAAAAUUCAGAAGCAGCUACCUUAUUAGCGGGUGAGCGAGGCGUGUCUCAUACUGAGGAACAAUGAACCAACAGUUCGUCCCAGCAGACUGGAGCGGCAACAUGGGGGACGCCCUGCCGCCAUUAAGCGGCGAAGACGGCGGCCUCGUCGAGCUGCUGCGGUGCAGCGGCCACGUCGUCAUGCAGAGCCAGGCGGUGCGCGAGCUGGAGGCAACGCCGUGGUUCCAGUAUCCCAUCGACGACUCGCUGGAGGAGAAGGACCUCUUCUCGGAGAUCUUUGGCAGAAUGCCGGCGGAUGGCGCAGGCACGCCGUGGAAGGAGGAGGAUCAGGAGCGCGGCGCCGCGGACGCGGUGACCGCGCUCCGAAGCGUGUUGAUGCCGCCGCCGCUGCUGCUGACGGACAAAGCAGGGUUGCACGGCCACGGCCCGCCAGUUUCAGAGGCCGGCGAGUCCUCGGUGGUCACAAUGGCAUUCGGGAGGCCCUGCGGCGGGAGCAACGAGGCCCAGACGCCCCACGUUUCGGAUGCCGCCGGCGACGACAGAGUGCUGCUGCCGUUGAGCAGCAAGGAGGCCAGGGACGCGAGGUCCUACCACAGCGCGUCGGCGACGUUGACCACGUCGUCGGCGUGGUCGAGGCCUUCCGGCGCCAGCAAGCGGAAGCAGUGUGAUGGCGCCGAGAGCCCCGGUGAGGUUAUGCAGCAUGACGUUGAGUCGGAGUCCGCAAACGUGACGUGCGAGACGGCGCAGAAGCCAGCGACAGCCAAACGGCGGCGCGCCGCCCAAGUGCACAACCUCUCGGAGAGGAGGAGGAGGGACAGGAUCAACGAGAAGAUGAGGGCCCUGCAAGAACUCGUACCCCACUGCAACAAAACGGACAAGGCGUCGAUGCUGGACGAGGCCAUCGAGUACCUCAAAUCGCUGCAGCUGCAGCUGCAGGUGAUGUGGGCUAUGGGCGGCCGCAUGGCGCCGGCGCCGGUGAUGUUCCCGGCGGGCGCCCACCAGUACAUGCAGCGGAUGGCCACCAUUAGUUCCAAGAUGCCGCCAUUCAGGACUUGCGUGUACAGUUCAAAUUACCCAGAAUCGAGUUAAGAGAUUUUCUUCGUGAUCGGUUUACUUGAUUGUCUGUUUAGACAAGUUUGGUGUACUGUAUUUUAUUCAAAAGAAUAAUACUACUCUUUUAAUUCUUA